UCGAGAGGAGUCAACUUUUUUAGGAUGUUCCGCAAUGUUGUGAUUGGCAUAUCCGGUGGUGUCGAUAGCGCCAUUUCGGCGUUGCUACUGAAGCAAAAAGGCUACAAUGUGAUUGGCGCUUUCAUGAAAAAUUGGGAUGAAUUUGAUGAAAUGGGCGCUUGUAGUGGUGAGCAGGACUACCGUGACGCGGAGUAUACAUGCCAAAAGCUUGACAUUGAACUACAUACGGUGAAUUAUGUUAAGGAAUAUUGGAACUCGGUGUUCAGCUCUUUCCUGGAAGAUUAUCAGAAUGGACUGACGCCAAAUCCCGAUAUACUUUGUAACAAGUAUAUAAAAUUCGACUUAUUCUAUAAAUAUGCCACAGAGCAGCUGCAAUGCGAUGCCAUUGCUACGGGCCAUUAUGCAAAAACAAGUUUUGGUAACCUUCUGCAGCACUACAACGCUAACGGUGACGUGCAUUUGCUCAUACCACGGGAUACGUUCAAGGAUCAAACUUUUUUUCUCUCUGGCAUACAGCGACACACGCUCAGUCGCACCAUGUUCCCGCUGGGUGACGCGUUGAAACAAGAAAUCAAAGCACUAGCGCGUGAAUGCGGCUUAGAGCGACUGGCUCAAAAGAAGGAAAGCACCGGCAUUUGUUUUGUGGGAAAUCGCGAUUUCAAACACUUUAUUAAGGAGUACAUACAACCGCGCACUGGGCAUUUUGUCGAUAUAGACAAUGGAAAAAUUGUGGGCACACAUGAAGGCAUACACACGUGGACCAUUGGGCAACGUUGUCGUUUGGCCUCGUACCUGCGUCCAUAUUUUGUUGCGCAAAAAGAUGUCGCCAAUAAUAUUAUCUACGUGGCUUCGGGUCAUGAGCAUCCCGCGUUAUACAGCGAUGUCAUACACGCAGGUGCCCCAAAUUGGCUGUGCAACGACCCCUUAAGCGCUGGUGCUGACGUUGCUGGUCAGCAGUUGCGUUGCCGCUUCCGCUUCCAACACACAAAACCUCUAGUUGAUUGCGUGGUUGAAAAUUCAGCCACCGAGACUGCCGGCGUGACAAUAACUCUAGAUAAGCCAUUGCGUGCGCUUACGCCAGGGCAAUAUGCGGUUUUCUAUAGCGAAACGACUUGUUUGGGUUCAGCGCGCAUCGUGAGUGCCUGCCGAAGAGCGGAGGAGAGGUUGGCUGAAGUGGAAAUACUGAAACAGAGUUGACAAAUAAAUAAAUAAAUAAAUAUUUAUCUUAUGCCACUAAUAAUGUA